GAGACGGACAUUUACUUUCAUGAGCAGGCGAACAGACGAACAGGCACAAUGAAGCGUAAACAGACUUAAGUUAAGUCAUGCAGGAUUUUAUUUAGUUUAUCCAGGGGGGUUGAGUAGUUACAGAUUUUCUGAUAGAACGUGUUUCUGUUCAUUUAGAAGGAAUGGCUGUUGCAGAACUCAUUGCAAAAUGCUUGCAAGCACGAGACAUGGCUUAUUGUCCCUACAGCAAGUUUCCAGUUGGUGCAGCAAUCCUGACAUCAGGAGGUGCCAUAAUCACAGGUUGUAAUGUGGAGAAUGCUUCCUACGGCCUGACCGUAUGUGCAGAAAGAACAGCCAUACAGAAAGCUAUUGCAGAGGGCCAUAGAAAUUUCACUGCUAUAGCUGUCACAUGUGAUAUAGAAGACAGUUUUGUGGGACCGUGUGGAGCCUGCCGUCAGGUGUUAUUGGAGUUUGGUACAGAAUGGGAUAUUUACCUGACCAAGCCUGAUGGGUCCUACAAAAUGACAAGUCUUAGAGAACUGCUGCCUUUAGCUUUCAGCCCAGCUCACCUGGCAAAAAACUGACAAUAAAACUAUUGAAAAUGAUAAA